AUGAGCUCGAGCCUUGUAAACUCAAUAGCCAAGGUUUACGAUCCAAAACCUCUUCACGGCCAGAAGAUGACAGGAAGGAAGUUUUCUUUAAAUGCAUCGGACAAGUUUCAAGCUUCCUCUUCCCAUGAUGUUUCCCUGCGCUGUAUGGAGAACAGAAUGGACUCCCUGAGCUCCCAGAUGGAGCACUUACUCAACAUGCAGCAGGCAGUCCUGACACGGCUGGACAGCCUGUCCCACGAUGUGAGGGGUCUGGGCCGGGAUCUGGCGUCCCUGCGUGCGGAAGGCCACGACGGAAGAUGUGGGUUGAGGAUAGAGGCGGCUUGCGGGGAGCUGCGUGGCACCGUGGAGAGGACCGGAGAGCAUGUUGAGAGUCAGGGACGCAGGCUAGAGGGGGUGGAGAAGCUGGUGGAGGGCACCCAGCAGGUCAUCAGCUUUAUUGGGGAGGUGGUUAAGAACUCAAGGCUCGUGGAGAUUUUCUUCAAAAAGCCUGGAAUCAAAGCCAACAGGAAGGCAAAGGAUGACAAGGAUAAAGCAAAGCAGAGCCAGAAGGGCGGCAAGGCCCAGAAGAAAAGAAAACCGUUGGAUUCUACAGACAAUUCCUCUCUAAGUGAGCCAGAGCUGCUGGAAAAGGUGGAAAAGCUCAACAGGCAGAAUACUGAGCAGUCCUAUUUAAACACAGACGUUGAUGUUCAGAACGGGGAGGAUGUGAGAAGUGGAGAGGGAAGGCAAGAGCUGGCAGAGUUGAUCCUGGCCGAACCACAGUCAGACGAAACACAGAAGGAAACCACAGGAAGGGAGAAUGGAGAAGACGAUGGGGAUAUCUUUGAUGAUACAGAGCCGGAUGAAGACGAGCGACAGUCAGAAGAUGGUGGUACGGAAAAUAGGGGGAAAUUGGAAGAUGACACAAAUAAAAAGCACAUUGGAGAAACAGAAGAGUCAUCAGGAACAGAAGAAGCCAAAGAAGUAAUUUCAGAGAUAUCUCUUCUUCCAAAAGAAAGCUCUGAGGAGGCCGGUGACGUGGCCAUGUGUAGCAAACGACGUGUCACAGAAGAAGAGCUGGUGAAAGAUGACCUGAAAAAAAGCAGAGUGGAGGAAAGUAAAGUGGAAACGGAUGAUGAACAGGUGGCGGAGGCCUCGAAAUCAACCGAAGCAAAGCCCGAGACCGAUGAAAAGAGAGAGUCAGCAGUGACAGAGUUCUGCAUUGACUCAAGUCCACCACCAUUAGCACCCUUUGACCACCGCAUUGUGACUCCUAAACCCCAUCAAAUUGCUAGUUACUACACGAUCAACAAAGAUGAGGUCCUGGGCGGGGGGCGUUUUGGACAAGUCCACAAGUGCACAGAGACCUCAUCUGGUCUGACCCUCGCUGCCAAAAUCAUCAAAGCCAAGAGCCAAAAAGAGAAGGACGUUGUGAGGAAUGAGAUCCAGGUGAUGAACCAGCUGAAUCACGCCAACCUCAUCCAGCUGUACGCUGCUUUCGAGUCCCGCCAUGACAUCAUUCUGGUCAUGGAAUAUGUGGAGGGAGGGGAGCUGUUUGACCGCAUCAUUGACGAGAACUACAACCUGACCGAGCUGGACACGGUGCUGUUCAUCCGGCAGAUCUGUGAGGGGCUGCAGUACAUGCACAAAAUGUACAUCCUGCAUCUUGACCUCAAGCCAGAGAACAUUCUUUGUGUCAACAGAGCUACAAACAAAAUCAAAAUCAUCGACUUUGGGCUGGCAAGGAGGUAUAAACCCAGGGAGAAGCUGAAGGUCAACUUUGGAACGCCUGAAUUCCUAGCCCCUGAAGUAAUCAAUUAUGAGUUUGUUUCAUUCCCCACGGACAUGUGGAGUCUCGGGGUCAUCACAUACAUGCUGCUGAGUGGCUUGUCUCCGUUUCUGGGGGACGAUGACAAUGAGACCCUGAACAACAUCCUGGCCUGUCAGUGGAACUUCGAGGAAGAGGAAUUCACAGACAUCUCUGACGAGGCAAAAGACUUUAUCACACUUCUGCUCGUGAAGAGCAAGAGCUGGAGAAUGAGCGCAACAGAGUCCCUCAAACACCCCUGGUUGUCAGACCGGAGUUUGCACUUUCGACUAAAUAAGAAGAAAAACAAGUGUCACUCUACACAUGGUCCUCCCCCAGAGAGCUAAACUGAAACACUGUGAGGCCCCCGGCAAACCGUUUGAUAAAGUCAGGCCUUGGAGCCCAACUCUGGACCAAUUUUUCUGUCCCUGUACAGCCAGUGGAUAUCUGCUCUUUGCUUUGCAUCUUCACCUUUGCAUAGCUUCAUGUAGGUCUGAAAUGAAAAAAAAAACACUGGAAAAAAAGCUUUUUUAGCAUCCUGUUGUGCCCUCUGCCAGCGUGGUCUCUGUAGCUUUGUGAUGGAAAUAUACUGGAGCUGUUCCAGUGCUUGGAGACACAAUUCUUAUAAUGUGCCACUUUUAGCACCACUUCAACUGAUGAUAUUUCUGAAAAUAAGUUAUUUAACAUCAAUGCUGUUUUUUUUGUCCUGGCAUUUGCAUGCAUUGCACUUUUAUUGGCUAAGGUUCAGCUUUGAGAAAACAUAGAGAAUACUUUUGUUGACAUCUUGUAUUUUUGUGAUAGCAAUUUCUUUUUUUCUUUUAAGUAACAAGUCUUAUGAAAAUGUUGUCCUCUAAACGUAAAUUUUUGAGUUUGCUGAAUUUGAAUUCACACACCAUUUAUUUAUCUUGUAAAUAACACAACGCGUCUCAUUCCCCCUGAAACAUGAAGAUAUGUCAGUGAUUACAUUUUCAGGUAAUUUUCACUGCACACAGCAUUCAUCCCGCCGGCUCGUCUUGCUUCAGCAGUUUGGAGUAGCCCUCUCACCUUCCAUGAAGGCAUAAAAAGCAACGCAUACUACCUACCAGUGAAUCAUGUUUGUGACUGAAGUGGAUUCUUAUGUUCAUUUAUUUGCUGGUUCCACACCAGGCUGUACUUGAAUUACAAAGCUUUUAAAGAAGAUGUGACUUAGUUUUUUCAGUGGGGAGAUAAACAGAGUUUCCCAAACCAGAGUCAUACACAUAUAUAAAGUGUCAGUGCACAGUUCUGGUUGAUGAGGCCAGCAAAAGAGGGGAGGAAACGCCGGUCAUUGAUUUAUUGUCCCUCUUUUUUGUUGGGAAAACAUUUGGCGCCAGUUUGUUGGCUGAUCCGAUUUGACAUAAAAAGCUUUGUGAUUUGAAUACACUUUUAUUGAAUAUACGAUACAUUUUUAAAGCUUCUAUUGACAAUUCUAAGAAUUUAUGUAGAAUAUGAAUAUAUCAAUAAAUAUUGCA